AUGUCGAGUAGCCUGCAGGAGAACGUCGCCCAGGCGGUGGAGACCGAUGAUACCCCAACUCCUACUCUCACCCCUAACCCCAACCCAGACUCGGCCUCCGCGAGCGAGAACGUUCCAGAAUCUAUUGCUGGGCUCCAGGAAUAUUAUUGUAAUCUGUGUUUGGAAAACUCCAAGAAAAUAAAUCCUUAUAUAUUGCAUGUACUCCAAGAAGUGGAUGAAGAUAUUAAAAAGGGAUUGGAAAAAAGAAUCACCUUAAACAUCGCGGGUAACAAUAGAUUAAUCCCAGUAGAAAGAGUAACAGAUGAAGAUUUUGGGAUUCUUUCCCAAAUUUUAGAGACUUGCCCAUAUAUUAAUGGUUUGGAUGUGAGAUAUAACGUUCUAAGUGAUGCUGGUGCAUACUAUGCUGCAAACCUGCUUCAGACACAGAGGUAUCUCAUUUACUUAAAUCUUAUGUUUAAUGAUAUUGGACCUGAAGGUGGAGAAUUGAUUGCUAAAGCACUUCAUAAGAAUACAACUUUGAAAUAUCUGCGAAUGACUGGAAAUAAGAUUGAAAAUAAAGGUGGAAUGUUUUUUGCUUCAAUGCUGCAAAUUAAUUCAUCCUUAGAGAAAUUAGAUCUGGGUGACUGUGACCUGGGAAUGCAAAAUGUGAUAGCAUUUGCAACAGUACUAACUCAAAACCAAGCAAUUAAAGGAAUAAACCUAAACCGACCUAUACUGUACGGGGAACAGGAAGAGUCCACUGUCCAUCUAGGCCACAUGUUGAAAGAAAACCACUGGCUUGUUGAACUACACAUAUGUAAGCAUGGUAUAAAAAACUGUGGUAUGCAGAAGUUAUGCGAUGCACUGUAUCUGAACAGAAGCCUGCGUUACCUUGAUAUCAGCUGCAAUAAAAUAACUCGUGACGGAAUGGAGUAUUUGGCUGAUGUUCUGAAAAGCAAUACCACCCUGGAAGUUUUAGAUCUUUCUUUUAACAGAAUAGAAAAUGCAGGAGCAAACUGUCUCAGUGAAACUCUUACUUUACACAACAGAAGUCUUAAAGUAUUAUCAGUAGUCAGCAACAAUAUAGAGGGAGAAGGACUUGUUGCACUUUCACAGUCAGUGAAAACAAAUCCCACAUUAUCUAAUAUCUACAUUUGGGGAAACAAAUUUGAUGAGGCCACAUGUGUGGCAUAUUCAGAUUUAAUUCAAAUGGGCCAUCUAAAACCAAACAAUACAGAUGUGGAGCCAUAUGUGGUGGAUGGACACGUGUAUCUUGCAGAAGUCUCCAACGGCCUUAAAAAGCAUUAUUACUGGACACCAACUCAUAGAGAUGCUAAUAGCCCCUCAUCUAGUGCAGAUUUUGCUGUGUUGUUUCAGUAGGUCCAUAUUUCUGAAAAGCAAGCUCUAAAAUAGUUUUCAUGUAAUUACUUCUGUUGGAUUUAUGUCCUAUUCUCUUUCAUAAAUUAGGUUACUUUUAUGAAAUAUGUAAAACUUUGUA